AGAUGUCAAAUGCAUCGGAAGCCCCAUCGUUCGAUGUGGAAGCGGCAAAUGAGUCUCAGCGACAAGAUUCACCACUACUAUGCAUGCGACUCCGUGAAGAGUUUCGGAAAGUGACUACUCCAACUGAUAUGAGGAAAUUCAUAAGAAAAAAAUUUUUUGAGGCUGUCUUGAAGUCACGGGCUGUUGCUUAUAUACUAGCGUUGCUGAGUAUCAUUCCAAUCGCCAUGCUAACAAUUGGUGUACUGAAUCGCAAAAGGUGCCUUGUGAAUUCCAAAAUACCCGAUUGGUUGAUUGUUGCUGGCGUCGUCGGACUAGUUCGCAACUUCAUAUUUGUAAUGUUCAAGCUGGCCAAGUCUCGCAUUUUCAACAACAGCCUUAAUGUUGCAUACAUUGUAGUGCUCAGUAUAUUCUCCAUUACCUGGUGUUUCAUUGGUAUCGUAUGGGUGUACUCGGCUUACGCUCGAGUUACUUAUCAUUCCAGCAGUGGAAACUCUUAUUGUGAUAAAUUGACUUUUUUAUUCUCCUUCAUCUACUUAACGUUUGCCAUUUCGCUUAUUGCACUCAUAUGUAUUUGUUUAUGUUGGUAUUGCUGUUGUCCUCUUCUUUGUUUCCGUUCCAAAAACCGAACUAUUCGAGCACAAGAACAG